AUGGACGAGCUGGAGGUGGCCAUUCUGUGCCUGUACGGAAACGAGAGCGCCCGGAUCAGCAAGGGGGAGGCACAGAAGUUCUGCGAGGACUUUCAGAACAGCGCGGACAGCUGGAAGUACUGCAUCGCCAAGUUUGCAGAGUCCAAGCGGCUGGAGGUGAAAUUCUUCUGCAUCCACGUGAUCAUAGAGAAGCUGAAGAGCCUCAAGGGGGAAGACCUCCUACAUGUGAAAAACGCCCUGUAUAAUUAUUUGGAGAGUAAAUACACAACAGCCAAUGACGACCCCUGUGUUGUGAACAAAAUCAUUCAGCUGUAUCUCUCCUUAAUAGAAUUUCUCUACCCAAACAACAUGAAUGAUGGGUUUAAAUUCCUCAUAAAUUUGAUCAUGGUGAGCAACGACAUGAAUGUGAAAAGCUUGUAUAUCAAUUUCUUCCUGAAACUUAUGAACAUGUUAGAUGUAGAAUACAUAGACAACGUGUAUUCUAAAAAAGGGGUUCAGCUAGCCACCAGUUUGAAAGAAGCAAUUAAAAAUAACGACCUACCAAUUAUCAUCGAAUGUUUAUAUUUUAUAAUGAACAUAAAUGUGGAAGACAUAAGUGCCCUGAGCAUAUUUACCCUCUCCAAGUAUGUCACCUGGAUUGAUAUCAACUACGUAGUGAAUGAUAAAAUUCUGGCCUACAUCUACCAGUGUAUUAACGGGCAGAACAACUCCAUGACGGAGGCCAGCUUCUCCUUCUUAACGGCUCUCGUACGUAAGGGAAUGAACCCAGUGAACAAAAUACAAUUCAUUGAAAGUAUAAACCUCAUUUAUGUGCUUCAGAAUAUUCCGAAAAUUUUGGACAUAUCCUACGACAUGAACAAAAAAAUUAUGCUAAAGAAAGGCGAGCUCGUAAACUACAUCUGCCUCGAGUUGGUAGAGUCCAUUCACGAAAUUAACAAGCUUAAGGACUACCCGAUGAACAGCGCAAAGUAUGACGAAGUGUGUGUCAAGGCAACCGACAUGCUGUUUUUGAUCCUCCCACACGCUUUAGACAUCUACGCGAUUGAUAACUUCUACGUGGCCAGCACAGUGGAGAAAUUUUUCAGUCUUCUUUUCACCAAAUUUAAGACGGUAAUGGAGUCGGCUUCCCCUGGGGAAGGGACAACCGGCCAACAGGGCCCCCUUGCGGUGGCGCCAAGUGGGUAUAAAAUUCCGCAUACCAAAAUGAACCUCUUCAUAAACACGCUGAUAUGCAGCACGGUGAACAAGUUUCAGUUCCCACCCUACAUUGACGAAUUCUACGAUGAGGAGGACGAGGACUUUAUUGCCUUCAACACCUUUCGGGAAAAUAUAGAAAAGCUAUUCCAGAGAUUAAUCCUCUUUAACAAGUUGAAGGCCAUCGAAAUUAUUAAGAACGCCAUUGUAUGUUUGAACGAAAAUUUUGACAAUUUGAAAUGGAACACCAUAGAGUCCACUCUCUACGCGUUUUACAUCACCACGUCUAUCUAUAGUGACUACAAAGGGAGCACCGCCUCCCCAGCGGGGUCCACCACCUGUCUAAGCAAACCAGACACGGGAGCGGCACACGUGAAUACAAGUGGGAACGCCUCCAAAGAGGCACUCGACCUUCACAAUGGAGAGUACAACAACUUGCUCUUUGGCUGCCUCGCGGAGUUAUUAAAAAAUAGAAAAAUACUCAACUGCAGCAAUAGCCUUAUAAACAUUAACCUGAUGGAGAUCUUCCAAAGGCUGAACCUCUUUUUUAUUAAAAACCCAGAGUAUGUAGAACAUUCGCUGCACGUUUUUAUUACUAAUGGGAUUAGGUGCAGCCAAAAUAAGGUGGUAAAAAAGUCGGUGCAUAUUUUUAAAAAAUUCUUGAAAGCGAACUCGGUGGUAAUUUGCAACUACAUGAAGGACAUUUUGCAGAUGCUGGAGAGUUUUUUGGAAAUACCGUGUGUGUACCAGCGGGUGGGGGGCAAAAAUGGAUCAGCCAGCAACGGUAGCGGUAGUAGUGGGUCCCUAGCGGAUAUGCUCUCCCUUGACCAGGACUCCAUCAAAUCUAUUUACAAAUAUAUCUACACAGAUGUGAAUUACACCCAUGAGGAUCAGAAUGAUAUCUACGAAAUAGCGGGAUUGCUCCUCCUGCACUAUGAUUAUUCCAGAGCGAAGAGGACCACCAAGGGGGACCCGAAUGAGCAGAUUCACCUCCUGGACCACCAAGGAAUGCAAGGCGGAAGAGGCAACCACGCCAACGUCAGCUUCAACCGAAUGGGCAGCACCAGCAGUGGCAGUGGAGACACAAAAGGGUUAAACAGCACGACUUCCAUACAGGACAGUUGUACAGACCUGAAUACGAGAAAUGAAAAAAUCAAUGAAGAACUGAUCCCAAAUUAUAAAGACAGGAUCUUUUUCUUCAAGGGAAUUCUAAAUAAGCUACUAGAAAAUCUAGCCAACAUAAAAAAUGUGUACCUCAAUUCGUCCAAAUCGCAGCAUGAGAUCCUUUGCCUGAGUUUCACCUGCAGUGUCGUCAUCAGAUGCAUUGGUGCCUUGUGCAAAAAUGUGAAUAUCAAUAUGACCGAUGAACUCAUCAACGAUCUAGAUAACACGCUAGGGAUCAUCAUCAGCGAAGCGUUGGAACUGUUUUAUAAAAACUACAUCGUUAGGGACUCCGUCCUGUAUACCUACCGAAUUUUAUCAAACCUCUUUAAGGAGCUCUCCCUCAACUACACCAUAAAGAUUUUGCCCUACUUCUACGACAUAUCUUACAGCAUGAUCAUGACGAAGCUGCAGAAGGGUGGUACCACCCCUGGGGGGAAUACUCCUGUCGGUGGGAUGGCAACCCCGCAAGGGGCUCUCUCCACUCAAAACACUCUACUCUCCUUCAAUAUGAUGACCCCCUCAUCACAUCCCGCCGCUGGAACUGGUUCACCAAGUGAAACCUCAUCCUGCUUUGCUAACUCACAGGAGGAACUAAAAUACCUUUUCAGCGAACUUAACGAAUUGGGCGUACUAGUAUGCCACCUAAUAUCGACGUAUAAAGAAAAAUCGUACGACACGUUUAUCAAACCGUACAUACAGAACAUCACGCAGAUUCACCUGAACAUUUGGAAGUGCAUAGUUGUGCAGUCGCUGGAAAUGCAAAGGGAGCAAAACUCGGUACUGUCGCCACUCCUCAUCAUUCUCUACAACAUAUCUUUAAACAUCCCUUCAGCCAUUCACAAUUUUGUUUCCCUUGAUUUGAUUGCCUUAACACAUAAAGAAUUUUGCCAGGCCUUUUCGAAUGAGGAAAUGGUCAAGGCCAAAUGCCCAGAUGCGAUUACCAGCAUUUUGCUCGUCUCUCUGAAUUAUGGCAACACGUGCGAUUUGAAUAUCUGCCUCUACGCUGCUCAGACCUUUUCCAACAUGCUGAACAAUGCCACUUGUUUGCCGAACGCGCACGAGGUGCUGAGCAAAUACCCGCUGGUCCAAAUCAUCGACACGCUCUGCGUAACGCUCAAGUCCCUUGAUUAUUCGGACCCCAAGAAUAAGAGGAUAAUCCAAGAGGUGAUGAACAUCUUCCGACUCUUCUGCGGGUUCAAAGUGAACGCCAACUGCCUGCCCAACAAAAUUCUGGAGAGUGCUCAAAUCUGUUUGCAGAAUUCGCUGCUUUCAGUCUUCAAGAACAACCGAAACGACAUCGGCGUGCUGUUACAAGCCGUCAACGCGAACAAUCAGCAGCAGUUCAGACAAAUUUUGUCAAAUUUUGUUGCGUAG